GAUUUAUAUAGAUUCAUAGAUAAGUUGAUAUGAGAUAUCUAUAUUAUAUAGAGGUAUGGGUAAAUCUAAUUUAAUUACCUAUGGACACAUUGAAUGUCAUAUGUCAAUCAAUCAAUCAAUCUAGCCAAGGAGUCUAAGAGAAACGUAUUCUACAAGCUUUGCCUUACAAACUUGCUCAUUCCUCUGGUAUAAGUAGUAAUGAGGUGAUGGAGUAUUGUGUUGAUUUUUCAAGAGCUAUCACUUGUUCCUUACUUGUCUUUUUUCUCUUGCAUUCUUUUCUAUUGAGAUAAAUCUCAGAUCCCACACAGUUUUCUGUUGCUGCUAUUUUGUUCUUUAAUUUGUUUUUUUCAUCCACAUUCUUUGAUCUUUACUAUUUAUUUAUUGAUAAGAUAAGAUGAGUCUUACUAUUGAUCCUGUUCAGAAAAUCUCUCCAUGGAAGGAAACUUGGAGUAUUGAGGCUAAGAUCUUGACCAUUUGGAAAGAUGCUAGCAUUGUUAAUGAAAAUAUGCAGAAACUGUUACAUGUGGUGUUGAUGGAUAAGCAGCACGACAAGGUCCAAGCAACUGUUGACCAUGAUUUGAUCACAACUUUUAUUCAUCAGUUAAAAGAAGGAAAUGUAUUCAUUAUUUCUGACUUCACAGUGAUACCUAAUGGUGGAUUGGUUAGAGUUACAAGACAUCAUUCCGCAUCCUUUUCAAGUGUAGUACCUCUGUUGUUGCAGCUGCAAAUAGAGACGUACCUAAUCCUGGUUUAAAUUUAACCUCUAUGGACGAGAUUCUUCAAAAGCGCACUCAUUAUGAGUACUUAAUAGAUUUUGUUGGGGUCCUGUGCGGAUUGAAAAGGAAAAUUGAUGUUGAGUUUAAUGGAAAGAUAUUGAGAGUUAUUGUCCUUGAAGUUUUUGCUGAUGGGAAGAAAAUCCCCUGUAUUCUUGUUGGUGACUGUUCUGCUCUUAUGGACAUCAAUAGUUUGAAAAAGUAUCAGAGAGCACCAGUUCUUAUUCUAGAAUCUUUCAAGAUCCAAGUCAAUGGAGAUAAAGUUAGUCUCCAAAAUGUGAUCAAUGUUUCUCGGGUUUCAAUCAACCGUGAUAUGCAGGAAACAGUGAAUUUUCUGAAUGAAUACCAUAUCGCAAGCCACCAUUUCAGUAGACUGUGUAGUGAUGAGAAUGGGGAUUUAGUAUGUGUAAUCGAUGAUGAAUCUUUUGACUGGAAGCUAAUACGGACUAUUGCUAAUCUUAAGGGAAACAAUGAGGAUGGACAAUUCUUUGUGGUUGAAAAAAUUAAAGAGAUUGUUGAAAAUCCAGAGUGGUGGGUCUUUUCUUGUGUUUGUGGUCAUCCAAUUGUUGGUGAUGAUAAUGUGUUUCAUUGUCAGCUGUGCGGCAGAGAGGUCUAGCAUUUUUUGACCAGUUACAGGAUUAAGAUACUUGUUGAAGAUGGUACUUCUUGUGGAAUGUUUGUCUUGUUAGACAGUGCAGCCACUAAGCUAUUAGGGAGAACCUGUUCUGAUGUGUUUUUGUUGUUAGAAGAUGAAAUGGAGAAAAUUGAGCACCCAUACUGUCCACAGUUUUUUCAUCAACUCAUUGGGAAAGAGAUUGUUUUCAAAGUUCAAGCAAAGUGGAUUAACAGUCUCGGUUAUUGUGGUACCUUUAAAAUCAUCAAUGUCAUUAGUGAUGCACGUUUUUUCAACAAACUUCAGUCUGAUCAGUGCAUCAAGGUUAGUACGAUCUCUUUAAGUUAGAUACUAAUGAAUUAGAGGAAUCAUUUUUAGAUAUAGUUUCUUGAUCACCAGUUUCUAAUUCUUUGGCUGUUCUUUUGAAUGCUAUCCUUUACAUGCCAACAUGAUUUUGCCUCAUACUUUACAAAGUUGGCUUCCUUUUGUAAUUCAUGUUUUGUUUCCAAAUUUUAAGGAUGUUAGUUCUGAUUCGGCCUUUAGCCCAAUACUUGAAGACUUCUCUCGGUGUGGACAGCUUAGAAGUUAUGACAACCAAGUCAUAUCUGGUGUUCCAAUACAACUGCAUAGCAUUAAAGAGAUGCUUGCUGACAUUCUUUGUGCUAAAAUAUAUUUUUCUGCAUCAAGAAAUGUUAGUAUUUAUGCUUAUGUUCUCAACCCUCUGAACUGUGUUUCAACAUGUGUAGUAUGAUAAAACAUGUAUCAUAAUAUACCAAUUACUGUUUCUCUACAGGAUCAGAUUUGUUUCUUGAUCGGUGAGAUUAUUGAUGUGCUGAAACAUCAGAAGUGGUGGUACUACUGCUGUUUGUGUAAUGCACCUGUUUCUCAUGUUGGAAAUUUAUUUUAUUGUUAUCUGUGUAGAGUUGAGUGUGUUGAUGCCAUAAGAAGGUAUCGCAUCAAAAUUAUUGUUUCCCAUUCAAAUGGCAGCAAUAUUUUCAUACUUGAGGAUGAUGAGGUGAUGCAAAACUCAAAGCGAGUUGCUCAGAAUUUCUGAUGGACGAAGGAAAUUCCUCCCAAGUAAUCAUUUUGGUUUUAAUUUAAUUUAAUUGUCCUUGUUUUCACUUUAGUGUU